CCUCGUUCACUCCGUUGCUCUCACACUAAACAAGCGGCGGUCGACCAAAAAUCCUAGUUGCCGUCGCGUCGACGGCCGAUCGAGCGUCCGAUCGCUCUAUCGAGCAAUGGCGUCCGUUUACAUUCCGGUUCAAAACUCUGAAGAGGUGGUGAGGGUUGUCCUCGACCAAUUGCCGAGGGACGCCGACGACAUCCUCGACAUCCUCAAAGCCGAGCAAGCUCCUCUUGAUCUCUGGCUCACAAUCGCUAGAGAAUACUUUAAGCAAGGAAAAUUUGAACAAUUUCGGAAAAUAUUGGAGGAAGGUUCCAGCCCAGAAAUCGAUGAGUACUAUGCUGAUAUAAAGUAUGAGCGGAUUGCUAUCCUAAAUGCAUUAGGGGCAUAUCAUACUUAUCUGGGGAAGACUGAAACAAAACAACGAGAGAAGGAUGAGCAUUUUCAGUUAGCAAUUCAAUAUUACAACAGAUCAUCAAGGAUUGAUGUUCAUGAAUCCUCGACAUGGAUCAGGAAAGGUCAGCUUUUCAUGGCCAAAGGUGAUAUCCAGCAAGCUUCUUGUUUCUUUAAAAUAGUAUUGGAUGAAGAUCCUAAUAAUGUUCCUGCUCUUCUUGGACAAGCUUGCGUUGAGUUUAACCUGGGAGAGAAUGAAGAGCAGCCCAAUAAAGCACUAGUUUCAUAUAGCAACUCUUUGAAGUUAUUUAGGAGGGCAUUGCAAGUGCAUCCUAACUGUCCUGGAGCUGUGAGACUUGGUAUAGGUCUAUGUUGCUAUAGACUGGGGCCGACUGAAAAAGCUCAACAAACCUUCCGUCGAGUUCUUCAAUUAGAUCCCGAAAAUGUUGAAGCUCUAGUUGCACUUGGAAUUACAGAUUUGCAAACAGAUGAAGCUAUUGGAAUUCAGAAGGGAAUGGAAAAGUUGCAAAGGGCUUUCGAAAUAUACCCUUAUUGUUCAAUGGCACUAAAUCAUCUGGCAAACCACUUUUUCUUUACUGGGCAGCAUUUUUUGGUCGAACAAUUAACUGAAUCUGCUCUUGCUACGAGCAAUCAUGCCUUGACAAGAUCACAUUCUUAUUACAAUUUGGGAAGAUCUUACCAUAGUAAGGGUGAUUUUGAGAAAGCUGGCUGUUACUAUAUGGCAUCUGUCAAAGAAAUCAACAGGAAACAGGACUUUGUGUUGCCGUAUUAUGGUCUGGGACAAGUCCAAUUAAAGUCAGGAGAUCUUAGAAGUUCUCUUUCAAACUUUGAGAAGGUGUUGGAGGUUUACCCUGAAAAUUGUGAAUGCUUGAAGACUGUUGGACACAUUUAUAUUCAGCUUCAUAAGAAUGAAAAGGCGUUAGAAAUCUUUCGGAGGGCUACUCGAAGUGACCCAAGAGAUGCUCAAGCAUUUAUUGAGCUGGGGGAAUUGUUGAUAUCAUCUGAUCCUCAAGCUGCUUUAGAUGCAUACAGAAGUGCUCUUAGUCUCUCCAAGAAGGACGACAAAGGAGUACCAACAGAAAUACUUAACAAUAUGGGAGUUCUCUACUUUGAGACGGGUGAAUUUGAGAUGGCGGCACAAACAUUCAAGGAGGCUUUGGGGGAUGGGAUCUGGGUUUCUUUCUUGAAUGGUAGUGUAGAUUGCAGUACUUUCUCCAUGCAGUACAGAGAUCUGAGUCCAUUCCAUCAACUCAAAGAAGAUGGUGCAUCUUUGAAUCUGCCUUGGGAUAAAGUUACUAUACUAUUCAACUAUUCUACAUUGCUUGAAAAGUUGCAUGAUACUGAGAAAGCAAGCAUCCUUUAUCAGUUUUUAUUAUUCAAGUAUCCAAACUAUAUUGAUGCUUAUUUGCGUCUUGCUGCAAUAGCUAAAUCAAGAAACAACAUCCCAUUAAGCAUCGCCUUGAUAGGGGAUGCUCUUAGGAUCGAUGACAAGUGCCAUGAUGCUCUCUGCAUGCUUGGCAGCCUGGAACUAAAGAAUGAUGACUGGCUUAGGGCAAAAGAUACUUUUCGUGCUGCCAGAGAGGCAACUCACGAGAAAGAUUCUUAUUCCACUCUUUUCCUGGGUAAUUGGAACUACUUUGCAGCAACUCCUUGUGAGAAGAGGUUUGCAAAUUUUGAAGCAAUGCAUCUGGAAAAGGCAAAGGAUCUCUAUACCAAAGUAUUGAAGCUGCAUCCUGGAAACCUAUAUGCUGCCAAUGGUACUGGAGCUAUCUUGGCUGAAAAAGGUCACCUUAAUGUUUCAAAGGAUAUAUUUUCGGAGGUGCAAGAAGCUGCAUCAGGGAGCAUUUUUGUUCAGAUGCCAGAUGUGUGGGUAAAUUUGGGCCAUGUUUAUUUUGCUCAAGCACAUUUCGUCUUAGCUGUGAAAAUGUACCAAAAUUGCUUGCGGAAGUUCUACUACAACACAGACACGGAGAUCCUUCUAUAUUUUGCCUUCACUCAUUAUUGGGCUGAACAGUGGAAAGAAUGUAAAAGAACUUUGCAAAGAGCUAUUCAUUUGGCGCCCUCAGAUUAUACGCUUCGGUUUGAUUUGGGGGUUGCCUUGCAGAAAUUUUCUGCAUCUACACUACAAAAGAAGAAGAGAACUGCGGAUGAGGUGUGGACAACCGUCACAGAAUUGAAACAUGCAAUUCGUGUAUUUAGCCAGUUGUAUGCAGCGUCGAGCUACCACAUUCAUGGGUUUGACGAGAGGAAGAUAAAGAUCCAUGUAGAUUAUUGCAAACAUCUUCUUGAUGCUGCGAAGGUUCAUUUAGAGGCAGCUGAGUGUGAAGAGCAGCAAAAGCGUCAGAGAUUAGAGGUUGCUCGUCAGCUUAAAUUGGCUGAGGAGGCUCAACGCAAGGCUGAAGAACAAAAAAAAAUUCAGGCAGAAAGGAAAAAUCGAAAAGAAGAGCUAGAGCAAUUUAUGCAACAAGAUGAACAUCUUAAACGUAUUCAGGAACAAUUGAAGAUUUUUGCUAGCAAAGCAAGCAGUAAGCUGAAAGAAAGAACCAAGGUUGAGCACGACGAGAGUGGAGUUGGUGGGAAGAGGAGGAGGAAGGGAGGGAAAAGGACAAAGAGGGGUAAGAAGAGUAAGACACGGUUUGAACAUGAACAAGAACAAGAACAAGAGCAAGAAGCUGAAAUGGGGAAUGAGCCUAAAGCAGUGGAUGAAGGAGAUGCUAAUAUGAUGAACUAUCAGGAGGAGGAUGGAGCAGACACAGCACGUGAUAAUUCUGUUGCUGCUGGUCUUGAAGAUUCUGAUGCUGAAGAAGACAUGGGAGCACCUUCAAAUCGCAAGAAACGGUCCUUGGCAGAGUUUGGUGAUGAAGAUGAUCAACCAUCAAAGCCACAUCCAAAACUGAAGGUCACCUUGACAUGAAGAGAAUUAAGCAGGAAGUGACGAGGAACAUUAAAGGGAUGAAAGUAAAGAAGGAGCCUGGCGAUGAAGAAGACGAUGACUAGAACUGUGUAUUUAUAUGCAUGUGAGAUAUCUGAGACUUGUUGUAUCUUGUUGAAUAGUUGAAUAGAUAUACUGCUCUCUUUAGUCAGCAGCUUGACUUGUUUACUCCCUUUGCAAUUAGACAUGAAAUUAUCUGAACGUAGGAGACAGUCUCAUGUGAAGUUACCCUCUUUCAAUAAAAUUUUGU